AUGGAGAAAAGACGUCGUAGUAAAAUUGAAAGAACGGGAUCUGAAGAACGACAAUUGGCUGAAGAUCGAAAGAAGAGAAGAACUGAAUUGCAAAAGCAAAGGCGAGAACGAGAACGCGAGUUAUGUGAACCAGGACCUUCGUCUAGCAAUCUAAGUCAAGAAAUCCGUCAAUUGAACUUACAAAAAGACAGAGAACAUAAAAAAUCUAAUCGUUUGACUCAAUCUUCUGUAAAUGAAUUCAGUUACAAUUUAGAUAUAAAGCAAGAAACUGUUGAAGAGUAUAAUUCUAGACUUGAAAACAUCAAUCAACAGAGAAGACAAUCAAGGCACCAAGAAACUGAAGAAGGACGAAAUUCGCGUUUAGAAAGAAGAAGACAUCAACAAGCACAAAGAAAUAUACGAAACGCGUACAAAAUGACGGAUUUAACACAAAUCGAGGUGAAUGAUGUUGGAGAAAUGAACUUGAAGUGUUCGAGCUGCAAAGGAAAGCAUUUUUGGCUGAAACACAUGACAAAAAUAUGA